CUGGCUGCCGAUCGCUGGACCAAUUGAAGUUUCCAAUUGAAGAGGCAGGGAUCCCUUUGGAAUAGCCAGAUGUUUCUGUCCUGCCGCUUGACUUGAACCUGGAGGCCCAGGUGUCAGCAGUGGCCAGGAGGACCUUUGCUCAAUUAAUGCUUACACGCCAACUGCGCCCAUUCGUUGAGAAGCCAGAUCUAGCCAUGGUGGUCCACGCCAUAGUUACAUCCCUCCUGAAUGACUGUAACACGCUCUACAUGCUGCCUCUGAAGAAUGCUUGGAAGCUUCGGUUGGUCCAAAAAGGUGAAGCCAGGUUGCUAACGGGCUGGCUGCAGGGACCAGACAUCCCCCCUCCACUGGCUGCCAGUCUGUUGCUUUCAAGCCCUGGAUGGUUCAGGCCCAGGCUGUUUGUCUGACCGCAUCCCCUUGUAUGAACCUGCCCGGGCCCUGGGAUUCCCUCAGGAGAGGCCCUUCCUUCUCUCAGUCCCUCCUCCAUCACAAGCUUAAUUGGUGGGAACGAGAGAGAGAGAGAGAGAGAGAGAGAGAGCCUUCCUUCCUUCUCGGUGGCAAAUGCCCCUCAGCUCUGGAACUCCUUGCCUGGGGAAGCCAGGCCUGAACGAUAGGCUAGAUUUCACCUGCUUCUUAUAAUGGGAUUAGAAAUACUUAAGUCUUUACAGAACUACUACUGAAUGCUCGCAACCUGAGGUAGAAUACUACAUGUAAGGAUCCUCCACAGACAUGUAAGUUUCAUUUGUUGUGAAUCUUGUAUCUAUCUAUAUAUAUAAAAGAGUGAUGGCAUCAGGGCAGCGGACAAAACAACAAAACUACAGGCCCCCCAACCUCGAAAUUUGACAACACAACCCAUCAUUCACGGCUCUAGGUUGAUACAACAAAAAGAAAAGAAAAAUAAAGUCUUAAUUACAGGGAGAGGAAUAAUAGUUUUUAUCCAAUUGCUGCCAGUUUGAAGGCUAAGCUCCGCCCACUUGGUCUCCUAGCAACCUACUCAGCCCAGGGGACAGGCACAGUUAGGCCUCACUUAGGCCUCUUCCACAGAUUAUCAGAUUUUAACUGGAUUAUAUGGCAGUCCACACAGCUAUAUAACCCAUUUAUAAUCUUAUCUGCUUUGAACUGGAUUAUCUUGACUCCACACUGCCAUAUAAUCCACUUCAGUGUGCAUACUAAACAUAAAGACAACCAAACAACAGACAUUCAAUACCACCACUACCUCGACAAUUUCUCACCAACACCACCAGACAACGCCACAGCAACGCGUGGCCGGGCACAGCUAGUACUAUAUAAGAUAUUAUUGGGGUGUAUUAUACAUGUCUAUUUUCAGUAUGGUUUGUAUUAUUUUGACUGAACUUAGAGUACUAGAUAGUUCUUUUAUAUUUAUUUUUAUAAGAAGAAAUAAGACAGCAGAGCAUCAAGAUAUACAAUAGAGUCUCACUUAUCCAACAUAAACGGGCCAGCAGAAUGUUGGAUAAGUAAAUAUGUCGGAUAAUAAGGAGGGCUUAAGGAAAAGCCUAUUAAACAUCAAAUUAGGUUAUGAUUUUACAAAUUAAGCACCAAAACUUCAUGUUAUACAACAAAUUUGACAGAAAAUGUAGUUCAAUACGCAGUAAUGCUAUGUAGUAAUUACUGUAUUUACGAAUUAAGCACCUAAAUAUCAUGAUGUAUUGAAAACAUUGACUACAAAAAUGUGUUGGAUAAUCCAGAACGUUGGAUAAGCGAAUGUUGGAUAAGUGAGACUCUACUGUACUAUCUAAAGCAAACAGAGGGAACUCCGGGAUUAUCUGAAGAAGGUCACCGAAACUGGAUGCAUACCCGGGAGACCAGUCGUAUCAACCAGAUUUGGUAUCAACCCGAUUUGAUUGACCACAUUAUCUCCGGGAUCCAUAUACUGUAUAAACUCUGCAAUCCACCAAUAUACUCCUUUAACCAGGGAGUUAUCCUUCUUUGUUUCCAUUGACAUGGAACUUUGAUUUACUUUGAAUGACUGAUUUUGAAGAAGAGUGUUACAAACCUUGAGAAUGUUAUCAAGACUUUAAUAAGAUUACUUUAUGUACCAAUAAUUAUAUUUGUUGAAAUUGGACAUUGGAUUAUACGUGGUUUGUUAUAUUGAUAUUGAUACUAUACAUAAGUCUACCAUUAUUCAUUGUGUAAGCCACAGGAAUGGAGUUACGGUCAGUCAUAAUAUAUAAGUGACUAUAUCACUAUAGAAAUAUAGAACUAUAACAUAACUUACUUUAUAUAAUAGACAUCUGUGCAUAUAGCCAAUAUGUUUGAGGGCAACAAGCAGGACUCGGAGCUGGCUGUCCUCCCAGUAGACUCAAGAGCCCUCUCCAAAACUAGGAGGCAAAUUGGGCCCCACAAUCAGCAAUUAUUGUAAGGAGAAAGCCAUGGUACUUGUGAAUGUGAUCAAUAAACCCUCUGGUUAAUUAGGGGACCAUUUAUCUGGUGGCACAAGCUAUACAAUGCACUGCUUAGGAAACAACCCUAGUACUACCCAGAUGACAGUCUCAGCUCAACUGGCAGCUGAUCCUCAAUAAAACCCCUGCAAAUGGGCUUCCGGGGCCAAAGAGGGGCCUGUAGUGGAUGCAGUGAACUUGGUGGCUUCCCUCCUACCCCUUCAGCCAUAGCAUAAACAUCAUCUUUAGUUUGGGCCACAACAUUGUCUCCAUAGCAAAUGCAGACUUUUUACAAAACCAAAAUGACCUCCCUUUACAAUUUUAAUGUUUCCUCGUCCUUGUUGCCUUUCUCUGAAUCUGCUGCAGUUUGUCGAUGUCCUUUCUAAAAUGGGCUGAACUGGGCAGGAAUUGUGUCUCCCACCCCAGGUGUUGCUGGACUGCAACCCACUAUAACCCUUGUCUUUCUCUGAAGGAAGGGUUGGUGGGAGUUGGAGUACAGAAACAUCUGGAGAGCAGCCGGGUUCCCACUCGCCCUGGGGGUCCAUCCAUCCGCCUCCUCUACACCCCUUCUCUCAUGUACAGCUUCUAGGCUGAGUGUACUUCUGCAGCCUAAUGUGCCUUCAAAGUCUCCAGAUUCCUUGCUUUUGAAAAUAUCUUUUUCCUUAGCUGGACAAAAUCCACAAGACAAUGAAGAACUUUUCUCCCAAGACAGAUCACUUGGGAUUGUCUUUCCAUACAGGUGGUAACUCAACUUCUGAGUUGGGGUGUGAGGAAGUGGGAUCCAGACAGGAAAUGCUUUGCAACCUUAGCCCUAUUAUGUGCUGGCCAUAUUGUUAGAGGUCUUCCCUUACAAAGGUUGGAUUUGUCAGUAUGUAAUGUUACGUGAUCUGAAAAUUGCUUAUAGUUUAAACAAUAUGGUUUCAGUAAUGCAAGGAUUAAAACAAUAAGAGAUGUGCAGAAUGGGUAGAGUCUUACUUUUGGAAUUUCUUGUACUGACCAGUAAAGAAGGUCAGUCUGCUUUGUCCAGCAUGUUAAGAUGUGAUCAGACAUGACUAGAGACUGUGCUCUAUAUUUUGUAAAUAAAGUCAAAGUACUGCUUUUUGAUGAAGGCUGAAUUAGUGAAGUCUGGUGUUCAUUCAACUUCAUGCCUUCAAGAAGUGCCUUGCACGUUAGAAGCAGCUGAGAUAAGAACGGUGAUUUAUCUCAACUUUCGUGAUAGGAUUACACUCUUAACACAUUGCAGAGCAAACAAUCUCAUUAACAGAAUCCUGGGCCACCAUCCCCUUUAUAUCUGAGCAGGGAUUUUCCUUUGUUGGGCAAUUGGCUUUUCUGAGUUGGAGCAAUCCUUCCCCCUUCUUCCCCUGCAUUUGCUACAGCACUAGGCUAUUGUUCUUCAUGUCCAGUGAGAUCUUUCUUUUCUCUGCCCCAAUGAGAUUGUCUUCUCAUUCUUCUGGCAGGUAUCCUCUGAAUGAACCUUGGGAAGAACACUCUGCCCUUUGCCUUGGGUCUGAAAUGAAAGUACACAGCACUGAAAAAAACUGGAAAUAAACUGGAGAAAUUAUAUUUCAAGCUACAUGCCUGUGUAUUCAAGGAGGAAAGAGAGGAUUGUGCUGUAAAAAGAGGGGCUUGGUAAAGAGGAAAGAAGACUACAACAAUACAAAGACUAAGAAGAGGAAAUCUUGUGCUGUUCAAGAGAACAUAUCUGUGAACUGGGAUAAUAUUUGAAUCAUAAUUGUAAAAGAAUGGAAAGCCUCAACUCUUUGUCAAGAUCACACACAGGGGAGAAGCGACACGAUUGUAUGGACUGCGGGAAGAGUUCUCUCACUCAACAUCAACAAACUCACACAGGAGAGAAGUCACAUACAUGCGUGGAAUGUGGAAAGAGCUUCCGUAACAGAUCGAAUCUGCGUACCCAUCAAAGGACGCACACAGGGGAGAAGCCACAUAAAUGCAUGGAAUGUGCAAAGAGCUUCAGUCAGAGUUCACAUCUGCGUACCCAUCAAAGGACGCACACAGGGGAGAAGCCACAUAAAUGCAUUGAAUGUGGAAAGAGCUUCAGUCAAAGUGGAGAUCUCCAUACCCAUCAAAGGACCCACACAGGAGAGAAGCCACAUAAAUGUAUGGAAUGUGGAAAGAACUUCAGUCAGAGUGGAAAUUUGCGUUCCCAUCAAAAGACCCACACAGGGGAGAAGCCACAUAAAUGCAUAGAAUGUGGAAAGGGCUUCAGUCAGAGUGCGAGUCUGCAUUCCCAUCAAAGGAUCCAUACAGGGGAAAAGCCACAUAAAUGCAUGGAAUGUGGAAAGAACUUCAGUCACUGUAGGAGUCUGCGUUCCCAUCAAAGGACCCACACAGGAGAGAAGCCACAUACAUGCAAGGAAUGUGGAAAGAGCUUUAGUCACAGUGGACAGCUGCAUACCCAUCAAAGGAUCCAUACCGGGGAGAAGCCACAUAAAUGCAUGGAAUGUGGAAAGAGCUUCAGUCAGAGUGGAACCCUGCGUUCCCAUCAAAGGACCCACACAGGGGAGAAGCCACAUAAAUGCAUAGAAUGUGGAAAGGGCUUCAGUCAGAGUGCGAGUCUGCAUUCACAUCAAAGGAUCCAUACAAGGGAGAAGCCACAUAAAUGUAUAGAAUGUGGAAAGAACUUUAGUCACAGUGCGGGUCUGCGUAACCAUCAAAGGACCCACACAGGAGAGAAGCCACAUACAUGCAUGGAAUGUGGAAAGAGCUUCAGUCAGAGUGGACAGCUGCAUACCCAUCAAAGGAUCCACACAGGGGAGAAACCACAUAAAUGCAUGGAAUGUGGAAAGAGAUUCAGUCAGAGUGGACAUCUGCAUUCCCAUCAAAGGACCCACACAGGGGAGAAGCCACAUAAAUGCAUGCAAUGUGGAAAGAGCUUCAUUCAGAGUGGACAUCUGCGUAUCCAUCAAAGGACCCACACAGGAGAGAAGCCACAUAAGUGCAUGGAAUGUGGAAAGAGUUUCAGUCACAGUACAAGUUUUCGUAUCCAUCAAAGGAUCCAUACAGGAGAGAAGCCACAUAAAUGCAUGGAAUGCGGAAAGAGCUUCAGUAGGAGACAACAUCUGCAUAUCCAUCAAAGGACCCACACAGGAGAGAAGCCACACAACUGCUUGGAAUGUGGAAAGAGCUUCAUUCACAGUACAAGUCUGCGUAUUCAUCAAAGGACCCACACAGGAGAGAAGCCACAUAAAUGCAUGGAAUGUGGAAAGAGCUUCAGUCAGAGUGGAACCCUGCGUUCCCAUCAAAGGACCCACACAGGGGAGAAGCCACAUAAAUGCAUGGAAUGUGGAAAGUGCUUCAGUCAGAAUGAACAUCUGCGUUCCCAUCAAAGGACCCACACAGGAGAGAAGCCACAGAAAUGCAUGGAAUGUGGAAACAGCUUCAGUCAUAGUUCAAGUCUACGUACCCAUCAAAGAACCCACACAGGAAGAGAAUUACAUCAGUGUAUGGAAUGUGGGAAACAAUUUGAUUGGAAAAGUUCUCUUACUGUACAUGAACGGAUUCACACAGGGGAGAAGCCCUAUAAAUGCAUAGAAUGUGGAGAAAGCUUCAGUCAGAGUGGCAGUCUACGUUCCCAUCAAAGGACCCAUACAGGGGAGAAGCCCUAUAAAUGCAUGGAAUGUGGAGAAAGCUUCAGUAAGAGUGGCAGUCUACAUUCCCAUCAAAGGAUCCACACAGGGGAGAAGCCAUAUGAAUGUAUGGAAUGUGGAAAGAGCUUCAGUGAGAGAAGCAGUCUACGUUCCCAUCAAAGGACCCACACAGGGGAGAAGCCAUAUGAAUGCAUAGAAUGUGGAGAAAGCUUCAGUCAGAGUGGCCAUCUGCAUUCCCAUCAAAGGAAGCACACAGGGGAGAAGCCCUAUAAAUGCAUGGAAUGUGGAGAAAGCUUCAGUCAGAGUAGCAAUCUGCGUACCCAUCAAAGGAAGCACACAGGGGAGAAGCCCUAUAAAUGCAUGGAAUGUGGAGAAAUCUUCAGUCAGAGUGGCACUCUACGUUCCCAUCAAAGGAAGCACACAGGGGAGAAGCCCUAUAAAUGCAUGGAAUGUGGAGAAAUCUUCAGUGAGAAAAGCAUUCUACGUUCCCAUCAAAGGACCCACACAGGGGAGAAGCCAUAUGAAUGCAUGGAAUGUGGGAAAAGCUUCAGUCAGAGUUGCAAUCUGCGUACCCAUGAAAAGACCCACACAGGGGAGAAGCCACAUAAAUGCUUGGAAUGUGGGAAAAGCUUCAGUCAGAGUUGCAAUCUGCAUACCCAUGAAAAGACCCACACAGGGGAGAAGCCACAUAAAUGCUUGGAAUGUGGAAAGAGCUUCAGUCAGAGUGGCAAUCUACGUUCCCAUCAAAGGACCCACACAGGGGAGAAGCCACAUAAAUGGUUGGAAUGUGGAGAAAACUUCAGUCUCAGUGAUAAUGAACAUUCCCAUCAAAGAACCCACACGGGAGAAAUCACCUUAAUGCAUGGAAUAUGAAAAGUGCUUUAGAGAAAGUUCAGCAUACAUUAGACAUCACAGAACUCAUGCUCUGCUAGAGGAGAUGAGUCUUUGAGUUUCCGCGCUAUCUUUAAAAAGCAUUGGAAGGAAAGAUGAAAGCCAGCACCUUGCUCGCUCUCCUCCAGAACUGCAGUUUGUGUGGCCUUGGUUGACGGCUACUGGGAGCAGGUGUCACUCAGAGGGGCUCUUUUCUCAGGAUUGCAGCAAGCUUGGAAGGGGUUCACCUAACCUCCUCCCCAAGGAGACCCAUCGCAGGCUUCUAGGAUGAUAUGUGAAGCUUUGCUGAAAUGAGCAGCAGCUGAGAUCUCUGGAUAAAAGGGUUGUGAAAAAGAAUAGCUCUUUGGUUGCAGAUAACGUCAUAUCUUCAUACUCCUGUCUCAUGUCUUGGCUCUUCUGCAUUCAAUGGCAUCGAUUGUUUCCCAUGCAUGUGUACUGUAUGUACUCUGAUCCAUCCUGAGUCCCUUUGGGCAGAUAGGGUGUGUAAAGAAGUGUGUGUUUUGUUUUGAUUUAUGGAUGACAUGUUUGUUUGAUUUUGUUUUAGAAGGCAUGUUUGGCUAUGUUUAAAGUGGGUAAGUAUUAUAGUUAACAAUACAUGGGGGAAGGUAACCGGCUCAGCAUUCUGAGGCAGUUACCAUAGCACCAGGGAUGGAGCCAACUGCCGUUUGGAGAGAAAAGGAGGGAACGUUUUAAACCCAGGGGAGUCUGUGAUUUUUAGUCACAGGGAAGGGACUGGUUCCAAGUUAGGAAUAACCAGGGAAACUCAGGUCUCUAGUUGUGUCAAAUUAAGCAAGUUGGGUGACUUGUUUAUAUUUAUUGUAGAGUCUGAGUAGUAAGGGGAAGUAAUCCCGGUUAGAUCCAAAGUGAUCAGGUUUAGACUGCUCAAGGGAAAGGAGCAAGUAUUUUGAAAGUGUAUUCCUCAUAAGUUAUAUUUGCAACAGAUUAAGAAAGUUUAACUCUGAGAAACAAAUUGUAACCACUAAGCUCUGUACCUGAAAUAAACUUGUUAUCUUUCAACAUCCAAGCCUCUGUCACACAUAUCCUAAACUUAAGUAACGCUACCAUCUAAAGUGAAUAAAAAGAUUCCUCCUCUCCCUGUCACAUCAUCUUUACAGGGCGGAAUAUAAAUAAAGUGAUAUUAUUAUUACUGCCCCUUGGUUGAAAUUUUGGGCUCUAGCCUUGUACCUUUAACCCUUUUCUGGACUUUGUUGUAUCCUGAAUCAUUGACUCUAAAUUCUGGACUGAUGUCUAGGUUUCAUAUAUGGACUUAGACUUUGUAUCCCUGGCUUUCUGGCUUGGCUUUGGGACUCUAAAUUCGGUUUGUACUCUUGAUUUCUUGGUUGUUGUUUUAUCAACUCUGCUGAAUGAACUCCUGGCAUGUGACUGUUGGAUUGUGACCUUGGCUCUUGUUAAUUUUCACUCCUGACCUGUAUCUGCAGUACUCAACUUGUCCGCAAUAAUUGGACUCUUGACCUGCACUUGCAUUCAUUGUUCCUUCAACUGGGUUGCUCCAAUUAUAUUAUUUUUGCUCAGUGGUUUCCAACCUUUUUUUAAACUAGGGAUCACUUGACCAGGGACCACUUUGACAAGGGACCACUCUCCAAAAUUAGUACCAGAAGGGUUAUAAAUCAGUUUUUGGUCAACUUUAGAUUUGGUUUGGUUAUUUGGAGUGAUGAUUCAGAAAAUUGCAUUGGAUAGACUACAUCAGCUCUCGUUCCUGAUAUGCCAUUCAGUUAGUCGCCAUCUGCUUGCCCACAGAAAACCAUAUUUAAUAAGCCUCGGCACUAUAAGAGGGUUUCGUGAGACCAGUCGCUCUCCUUGCAACGGUGUAGUAACGGUGAGGCUGUGAACCCUAUUUUAGUUCUUGCAGUUCUUGAUGGUCCACGGACCCCAGGUUGGGAACCAGUGUUUUAGCCGGACUGAAGACUUUAAUUUUCCUAUAAGUUAAUAUGGUCUUGGCUUGUGCUUGUUUAAUAAACCUCAGACUUUAUACCGAGAGAGCCCUGGAACACGAGACCAUCAGCCUUGCUUUGUGUGUACUUAUCCCUGCGUAGAGUGAAACCCUUUCUGGAUAUGAGACUGUUUCAUCCCCACCUUUGGCAAAGGGUCCAUUAGGACACACAGCACAUCUCCCCAACCACAGGGAAUGGAAGACAAGGAAUGAUGACAAUGACUGAUGAAGAUUCAUGACUAAAUUGAUGAAGUAUAGAGUAUAGAACAGCAUUGAAAGGAAAUAAGAGUAAAUAGAGAUACAAAUCAUUUAGUGAGUGAGAAUUUUGGUGACUAGUGUUUGUUGUCAGUUAGUUUUGUUCUUAUUGUGCAGGUGUGUGUCCUUCUUCCCUUUAUAUUUGUUAAGUAGUCCUUUUAAAAAAAAGUACCAAAAUUAUUAUUUGUGUAAAAAUAUUGUUUUUAAAUACCAAAAUUGUAAUUUGUUUUUCUUUUCUUUUUUUGUCUUUCAAUAAAUAGUUUUUUUUUUAAAGAGUGUGAUACAGCAGCCUUAAAAAGCCAAUGUGAUUCUAGGCUGUACAAAUGGGAGCGUGAAGACUAGAUCCAGGUCAGUUUUAGUCGAUAGACAACUGUGCAACAAGUCAUCCCGGGUACAAUGCCUCAUUUCGGGGAUCCUUUUUCAGGUUGUGUAUAUUUGUAAUAGAUCUUUAAUAGUCUUUUGAUGUAUGAUUAUAGUCCAAACUGUGUUCUCGAAAUCUUCUUGUAGUUGACUGUGUUAAGUUGUUGUGAAUAUAUUGCUGUCUCUCUUAAUCUUAAUUACAUUUGCUUAGUCUUGCUUCAAUUCAAGGCCUUUCCGUGUUGUUAAUAUUCUAAACAUAAUAUAAUAUUACUUAUAGUAACUGUAAUUGUUGUACCUAAAUAGAUAUGUGUAAACACCCCAUAUGUUAUCCAAUUCUUUGUCUAGUAUAUACAGAAAUAUAAAGAAAUUUACAGAAAUGUACAGAAAUAAAAUUGACUUUUAUGUUGCA